ACGACGUAGCCGCAUGGCUAGCUCUAGAGUUGAGUUGUCAAGCUGCAUUGACUCGAUUCUCCACACGCCAUUCAGACGACAUUGAUCGCCACGAAGCCCGCUUCGACACGAACCUAGGUACCCAUACCUACCAGGAUCCCUUUUAACGACUGAUUGACGGGCGGACGCAGCAUGGCGCAGGCUUACGACGACGAGGAGCUCUCCAUCUCCUUGUCGCCGUCGCAGAUUCGGCGCAACAAGCGGACAGGCGAUGGACUCGCCGGCCCCGGAGCCAUGUCGACGUCGCUCAACGCCGCCAUGAACCAGACGCAGGCCCAGACGCAGGCCCAGAAUGACCUUCACAUCCACCACCACCCCGGCCAGCAGCAGCCCCCGCUCAAGGACAAGAUGCGCACCGAGCAGCGCAUCGGCGCCUACGAAGUCAUCCGCACACUGGGCGAGGGCAGCUUCGGCAAGGUCAAGCUAGCCAAGCACCGCAGCACCGGCCAGCUCGUCGCCCUCAAGAUCAUCUCGCGCAAGAAGCUCAUCAGCCGCGACAUGCAGGGCCGCGUCGAGCGCGAGAUUGAAUAUCUGCAGCUGCUCCGCCACCCACACAUCAUCAAACUCUUCACCGUCAUCAAGACGCCCGCCGAGAUCAUCAUGGUCCUCGAAUACGCCAACGGCGAGCUCUUCGACUACAUCGUCCAGAACGGCAAGAUGAAGGAGGACGAGGCCCGCCGCUUCUUCCAGCAGAUGCUGUGCGCCGUCGAGUAUUGCCACCGCCACAAGAUUGUCCACCGCGACCUCAAGCCCGAGAACCUCCUCCUAGACGACGAGUACAAUGUCAAGAUUGCCGACUUCGGCCUGAGCAACAUCAUGACGGACGGCAACUUCCUCAAGACUAGCUGCGGCUCACCCAACUACGCCGCCCCCGAAGUCAUUGGCGGCAAACUCUAUGCCGGCCCCGAGGUCGACGUCUGGAGUUGCGGCGUCAUCCUCUACGUCUUGCUCGUCGGCCGCCUGCCCUUUGACGACGAGCACAUCCCCAGCCUGUUUGCCAAGAUUGCCCGCGGCAGCUACAUGGUGCCGACCUGGAUGAGCCCUGGCGCCUCGGCCCUCAUCAAGAAGAUGCUCGUUGUCAACCCCGUCCAGCGCGCCACCAUCGACGAGAUCCGCCAGGACCCCUGGUUCCUCAAAGACCUCCCCGCCUACCUCCACCCCCCGGUCGAGGAGUUCCUGAACACGGGCGUCGACCCUAACAAGGCCAUCAAGGUCAGCGACAUCGCCCCCAACGCCCCGCCCCAGGAGCAGGAGAAGCUCCACAACGAGGUCACCGAGAAGAUUAGCAAGACAAUGGGCUACGGGAAGCGAGACGUCCAGGAGGCUCUCGAGGCCGACGAACCCUCGGCCAUCAAGGACGCGUACAUGAUUGUGCGCGAGAACAAGCUUAUGCAGAACAACCCAACACUGGGCUCAGACAACCCCUAUGGAGAAUCCCCCCCGCCGCCAGAACAUGAGGAAGGUGCUAAGAUCGCUGAAGAAAUUGCCAAUUUUGGUGCCGAUGAGUUAAAUGUCAGCCCCAUGAUGGAUGCAAACAUGUCCUCGGCCAGGUCAAUCACAUCCGUCAGCACUGGAACGUCGACGAGGCCCUACGUUAGUAAAGUUGGCAUCCUCCCCAGCAGUCUCCCUCCAUACCACAAGGUCUUCAUGGAGCGCGAAAAAGCAAAGGCCGACGGCAUCGAGGUUCCCGACAGUUCUCCCAGAGUCGACGAGCUUGGGUCUCAGCCGCGCAGCCAGGCCGAGCAAGAGGAAACCGUCCGCCGUCUCAAGCCCCACUCGCGUAGCCAGCUUCGUCUCGACGAGGCCAACAAGAGGCCCCAGGGCCUUACACCCGUCAACCCGCCCAAGAAGACAAAGCCUGUCCGCUGGCAGUUUGGAAUCCGCUCGAGGAACGCGCCCUGGGAAGCACUUGUCUGCAUCUACAAGGCUCUGUCCAAGCUUGGCGCGCGAUGGAUUGUAGACGAGGACUACGAAAAGGAUCACGAAGGCGAAGGUGAGGACGGCUAUGACGGCCUUCCUCUUAACCGUAAGAAGGAUGCCAUCAUAGGCAUCGACCCUACAAAACACUACAAACUCCCAGCAGACCCUUGGCAUAUCAAGAUACGCUGGGCCACCGAGACAUUUAAGAAGCACUCGGUUGCCUCGGGUCUAAGUGAGACCGGUGACAACAUCCUCCUGACGCGCGACGGCAAGGGCGACUCGCAGGUGAUUGCUAUGCGCAUGGACAUCCAGAUAUAUGAGAUGGAGCACAGCGUCUACCUCGUCGACUUCAAGGUCGACGGGUACGAGACCUCAGAGGGAAAGCUGCUCGAGGACAAGGAGGUGGCCAGCCCGUUUCCCUUCCUAGACAUGGCUGCCCGCCUCAUCAUGCAAUUAGCCGAUGCGGAUUAGAGCCCCAAGUCCGACCAGGCGCACCGUCCCGCCGACCACUGCACCCCCCACGCCGGUAAUGGCCAUGGCGCCGGAUUCAGCAGUUACUCGUCCAAUACCUCCUCUACGCUUGGCAACUAGUUUCCCUAUCCCUCCCGCUCCCAUUGAGUUGGGCAGGGUGCAUUUUUCAUGCGAGAGUCGCCUCGUGGGUUUUCUAUCCCUCGCUUUACUACACAGCAAUGGCGUACGCACUGCGCCUACGUUUUCUUGCUUUUCCCUUUUGUUUUCAGUUUGUUUUACCUGCUCAUGGGGCGGUGCCACUGUUCAGGGAUGGACCUUUUCUUGAAAAGAAUUUAGUUGGCGUUUAUGUUGCCUUUUUCUUUUCCUUCCCCGCCCUACCAACCCAAUCUUCCCUCU